AUGAUAAAUGAUUCUGAAAGUGUGAAUGAGAUAAUUGAAAAAAUAAACAAAGGGUCUUCAGUGCCAUUUACAAAGCAAUAACUAAAUUUUCGGAAAAAAAAAGUAGGAACAAAAUACUAAUUUUAAUCGAUUGCAAAAUUUGCAAUAGUUAUGCAAUAGAUAUUUUUAGUCUUUGGGACUUUAUAUUUGGCAUCUUAGAAGGUAAUUUAUCGAAUUCCUAUGGAAUGUUAUCUGAUUUAUAAUCAUUCUUUAUGUAAGGUCUUAUUGACAAGCAUUUAUGUGCUUAUAUUUUUAAGAAUUGCUAGAAGCAUUAUUAAACUUUAUAGGAAAUAGGAAAAGUAAAGUAAGUAUUUCUUUCAUAGUUAUUUAUUUAAUUGCGAUAUUACUCUUUAGACUUUUAGGUAUUAUUUGGGAAUUAAAACACACAUUAUUUUAUUGUUUGCAAUACAGUUUUUGAUUGAGAAUUAUUUGCUGAUAACAGUUACAUAAAUUUGGAGUAAUUAAAUUAAUGAGAGUUCUGGUACAUAUUUCAUGAUAUCAAUUUUGAUGCAAAUAUUAAUUUGUGAUAUUACUUAUGAAUAUUUUAUGAUAUAUUCAGGCAAAUAUGGUGUGGCUGAUAGCAAACGAAGUGCAAUCGUGAUUAAUAAAUAAAAUAUUUUUGAUGCAGUUUGUAAAUUAAAGUUAUUGAGUUAUUGCUUAAAGUUUUGGAAGCAAACCAAGGAGAAUUAUUAAAUUUAUACGAGAAAGAAGGGAAUUCCAUUGUUUUGA